GACACGAGACGUCCGAAACGAACUCGUGCGAUCAGCUCGACUCCCUGACUAACCUCUGCGGAACUGCGCGUGGCGCGCGAGAUCUGACGUAAUCUCCAAUAACCGGCCUGGCGGCAGACUCCUCGGCGAUAAUGCUCGACGAUAACGGAAAACGCUGUGUCGAGCCAAAGCCUGCCAGUGCGGCUCGUCCAAGCAAAAUGGUUGAAAUGCAGCAACGCUUCAGCUCAUUGCCAGGACUGAUUUCGGACAUGCAGAAGUUGCUCAUGAUGAACGAUCAGCUAUGUGGGCCAUUGAAGAUUUUCCAGUCACGAGCAACUACAGAGACCUCCAACAGCAUCGAUCAAAUCGUACAUGGCAUUCUCGAGAUAUACAACACAUGCAACAUACUGCCAGUGCACGAGCAGGGAAAGUUCAAGAUACAUGUCGACCCGAAGACUGAUGUACCAGUUAUUACAAGUAUCCAGGUGAUGCUGUUGAACACCAAUUUCUCCUCACAAUAUCGUCUGGCGGAAGAUACGUUACACGGUCAUCAAGUGGGCUUGUGGCCGAUCAUGUCGCCGUAUCUGUUCAUUCAGAUAGUCUGGGGCCUACACUGCGAGGAGCUGCUGCCGAGAUUCGUGCUUUACGUGCCGCUGGAGCUGUCCAUCGAGAUCCUCUCCGCGAUUAUACCAUGUUUGGCGCAGCUUGGAUUCGAGCGAGCCGUGAAUCUCGUGACACAGCUUGUUAAUUACAUGUACAAAUUCAUCUACAAACUAGCCGUCACUGGCACGCAGGUAGAGCCGUGCGAAGAAUACAUGAACCAGUUGCAGGCGAAUUUCCAAGAGUUGUUAGACCAGCUGUCCAAUCCGAGAGUGACACGUUUGCCCGACCUGUCCGAACAGUUGAGGUACGAGCAUCAAGGGAUCAUUCUGAAGAACAUCGUUCGCAUGAACAAGCUGUGCGCAACAGAGAGGAUAAACGGCGGCGUGCUGGACGGUUGUGAGAAAUUCUACGCGCUCACAUUCGGCAAUGAAAUGUACCUGAAACUACCAGCCAAGCAGCUGCAGUCCUGUAUCAACGAGAUGGACCAGUCUCUGAUAACGCUGUUGAUAAAUCACUUGAAAGAGGUGAAUUGCCACAUGUACCUCGCCUGGGCUGAGACGGACGACCGUGAGAAUUCAUUGUUGAGCCUGCAGCGCGCAAUUAUCACCGAGUGCGUUUACUUCGGGAAAGUCGUACAGACGGACGCGAAGCUGCAGGAGGACCAAGAGCUACGGACGUGUCUGGAUCAGCUAAUAGGAUCGCAUAAGCAGCCGCAGCUGACGCUGGAGGAGAUCUACAACGGGGUGCAGUCGGGCCAGCUGACAAAUCUGAAGGAGCUUCUGCAGCGUUACCAAGAAUGGGACGAGUCGACGUUGGAGUUCGUCAAUGCGUGGCAAUCGCUGCUGCUGACCGAGGAUUUCCUGGUGUUAUUUCGCUAUUUGAAGCACACGUUUUCGGUGAAUCGUUACACUCAUCAGCAGAAAGUGUAUCUCCAGCGCAUGGUUAUGGAGAUAAUACUGAAGCGCAGCGUGAGGGACCUCUACGACAUCACGCUGUUGUACAUACUGCACCAUUACCAUGACCAUUUCCUGAUGAAUCUGUACGAUCUGUACGAUCUGCACGGCUUCUACCGGCUGAUGCAACAGUCGACGUGGGACAACUUAGUCUUCCUUAAGAGCCUGUUGAUACACAUGCUGCAUAGUCCCAAACAUGUGUUGACGGCUCUGAUCCACACGGCCGUCGACGUCAGCAACAGUUACAUGUGCACGCCGAAGCAACUUUUGAUAUUGCGGCCCUUCCUGUGCAUAAAGAUGCCGAACGAUACGACAUUAUUGACGGAGAUACUGUAUCAGAUGUGCAUGGACGCACAUCCUUGGGAGCCGAGGAAGUACGUGAGCCUGAUCGUUACGAUGUUGAAGGUCUCUGUCACCUCGCCGGAGGACAUCCUGAUCAACGUGUGCAUCCGUUACCUGAUGGAGAUGCCGUACGACUGCAACGUUAUGUGCAUCCUCACGAUUACUUGCAAGAUCAUCGAUACUUACAGCUUAAAGGCCGGCGUGAUGGAGUUGUGCCUGGUAGUGACGCGUAAGAUCAGUAACUGGCGCAAGUGCGAGCCGACGAAGAAGCGUGAGAAGGUGAACGAGCUGGUGUCGCAGCUGCUGCGCGUGCUGAGGAAAUGCGUGGGGAAGCAGCACCUCAUGACUGUCGAGCAGAAGCGGCUGGUGUUGAACACCCUGUUGCCACACAUCGAGCCGCUCGACAAGGCCGCUUUCCGACCUCUCCUGUACAUGAUGCAGAGGAACGUUCUCACCAUCGUCGACGAUUACGCGCGACGCUGCCACUCGGUGCGCGCGAAGUACAAACUGGCCCGCCGCGAGCACAGCGACAUCUGGCACUUCUUGGGCAACAUACAGCUGAAGAAGCAAGAUUUCAUCCGGCACAUGCUACUGCACGCCACCGACGCGGAGUUCAGGACGAACUGCUUGGAUAUCACGACCAAGUACUGGUUCUUCUUCGGAUGGCUCGAUGAAUUCGAUGCUUACGACAACGUCACGCGCAUCACCAUGGAGGCGAUACGCAUCACGAUCGAGUACCCAGAAGAGAUGCCGUGCGACGGCUUCUCCACGCUUUUGUCAAACUGCAUGCGUUUCACCCAGGUGUUCGCGGAGCAUCCGAAAGCCAAGGGUCAGGCGGAAAGGAUCCUGCGAGUCCUGCUGAACAAUAUGCAUUUUGUCCUCCGCAGCACGAGGCUCACGCAACGUUGGAAGGCAUUCGAUGUCCUUAUCAAAGAACUUGAGCUCGUCAUGACUUCGAAGACAACGUCUUUGUUGGCGGAUUUCUUGAACGAAGUUGCCAAGUUCAUCAAGGACAUGAUCUGCUGCAUGAACGACAACCAGAUUGACAACGGCUGGAUGAACGACAAUCAGACGAGCGACAACCAAAUAAGCGACAACCAGAUGAGUGACAAUCAGAUGAGCUACAACCAGAUAAGUGAUAACCAGAUGAACGACGACCAGAUGAGCGAUAACCAAAUGGACGAGGACCAGAUGAGCGAUAACCAGAUGAACGACGACCAGAUGAGCGAUAACCAGAUGAACGACGACCAGAUGAGCGAUAACCAGAUGAACGACGACCAAACAACCAUGAAUAAUGCGGCCUACGAAAUUAAUUUACCUAAUAAAGAUACUUACGGUAUGUUCGAUUCUUACAAGUUCAUAUGCGGUUGUUUUUCGGUACCAGGCACGGAGAACCAUCAAUUCAUCGCAAAGCUGGAGGAAAUAAUGUUCACAGAGGACUACUGUUGUCUCAAUUCUCAUCCGCUUUAGUUAGAAGACUAUGAUCGCUGCAACUCAUAUGUGAAGUCCCGAUGAUAUGAUGAUCUCAUGAUCGAUCAUUCGACGCGUUGGUAGACACGAUUCGGACUCGGACGUACGCUUCAAAUAGUAUCAAUAUCAUCCGCUCCUCCCACGGUUCGUGGAUUUUCGGACACGCAUCGUUCGGAAAAGAAAAUCGUACUGAAAUCCGAAUACCGUGACGAUUUGUCAAAAUUUGGAAACGUUGUCCAAAAAAGUUACAAUGUCAGAAUCAGUACAAUAAGAUAUUACGUCACGGAACAUAUCAACGUCUGAUAUUUUCGAUUUUCAAGUGUCUAGACACGCUUCAUUAUUUAUCUUCCGACUUAUUAUCGAGGAAUUAUUUAUUUUUCUACGAGAGUCACGUUUUUUUAAGUACAACACGUAGUAGAAAAAUGAAUAAAAAUCUACAUAGAAAUACAGUAUAAGAGGGAAAAAGAGAGAAAUGUUAUUUUGGGAAGGCUGUGCUGUCAGCAGGCUGUAUCGUUAGACAAGUUUCUUGAUAAGAAUGUCUAACGCUUUCUAUCGUUGCGUGAGCCUCGUGCUCCGGUGGACAAAGUACAUAUUAUUCAGCAGGAUUCGCAGGAUCCUGUCCGCCUGACACUGGCUUUCGGUUGCGCCGCGAACACCUGAUUUUUCGGAAUAAUCACAUAUUUCCGAUAUUUUGAAAAAAUAUUUCAAUAUGUCGAAGAACGUCCCAAUAUUUCGGAAGAUAUCUCUAAUAUUUUGAAAAUAUUUUAAUAUUUUGAAGAUACUCUAAUAUUAGAAAUAUAUUGUUUCCAAGUAUUUUUCUGCAUUUUGCAAGAUUGUCGCGGAUCAUCUCGAUUUUGGGAUUAUAAUUUUCCGGGAAUAAUCCCACUUAUCGAACUUCGAGCUUCGGAUUUUUCAGGACGAUACGUGUCCACCGUAUUCUUUCGCGUAUUCUUUCCUCGGGGGAGAAUCCACAAAAAUGGUUAAACGAACGUACAGGUCUAAAUGAUCUCCAGUUAUUAUUUCUCUCGCAAAAUGUAGACGAAUAUUUUCCACCACCAGCGUAGUGAUCGACGAUUUUUUUCGAAGUAUAUUUCGAAACCUCGCGGGUUGCAUACAAAGUGAGUCAACGUCAAGACGUUACGAAGUGCUCGCCAAAACGAUUCCUACGAUGCUGAAUUCAGGUUGAUACCGACAGCAUUUGGAACGUAUACUCGAUCGUUUAACAGGUUCCCCGCUAUUUUUUACCGAAUCGCGAUUAUGUUAACGAAAUUUCUUCAUCUACCUCCUAGCAAUUAGUUAGAAUAUAUCAUAGUGUCAAGAAUUAAAUUAUACACACAUAAAUGAGCAAUGACGGAUAUCUUCGAAAACUGUGAAGAUAUUUGCACGAGGAGUCGAAUUUUUAUUUAUUGAAAAUACAAACUAUACGGCCUUACGUUCACGCUGAUGAAUUCGCCUGUAUCGAGCGGAGGUCGUACUGAUUGCAUUUUCAGCUCAUUAGACCCCCGCCUGUGUCGCGUGGAAUCCUCGUCUUGCAAAAAGAUAUGUUCGUGCAGAAACCCGACGUGUCGUCGCGCGGUUUUCCGCAUACACAGACGAACGCAUAUGCGACAGAGAAAGUGAAUGUAGAGACGAAUAAGAAACGCGAAAUGAAAUAUAAAAAGGAUUUAUUUGAAACGUA